ACCCUCCUCUCUCUAUCGACUUGUGUGAGAUCUGCUCCAAGAAAAAUAAAAACUGGCGAGGAGGAAGAGGUGAAUCGAGUCUAUAUGCUUACGUGGUGACCCAAAAUAUUAAGCGUGUUUAUACAUCUUCCUUCUUCUGUCUCUUCUUCUUCUUCUUUUCGGGGUAAAAAAAAAAAAAAGAGAACAAAAUGAGGAUUCGGAAGAACACGAAGCUGGCAUCGGUUCUUUUAGCGACAGCAGGGUACGGCGGAGAGAGACAGGAGACGUAUGUCUGUCACUUAAACCAGUCUCCAUGGGAUGUGAUUCCUGUCACUUCCUCGGGCGAUUGCGACUUAACAAACCUGCUCGACUCGUCGUGGUUCCUCCCUCUAUCGUCUUCUUCUUCCUCCUCCUCCUCCCCGCCCCUCCUUCACCAGUUCAAUGGAGAAGACAGCUUCAAUGGGGAUGUGAGCUUGGGAGAUUGUAAUGGCGCUGCUGUUAGAUUUAAUAACUCCAUGGGAAACAAUCACAGCUUCGUCACCGUCGAGAAACUUAAUCUCAAUGCGGCCGAGGAUAAGUACGAGAUGUCGCCGGACGCUAACGAACCAAUGGAUCAGAGCGAUGAUAACAGCGACAAGAUAUCCGAAUCUCUCCCCGAGCCUAAUUCGCCGUUCGAAACCUCCGGCGACGAGGACCAAGCGUGUGCUGUUACGAUGCCGGCGCCGCCUAAACGAGGACGGCCACGUGGUACGGGAAAGAAAGCUCUAGCUUCGGCUGCGGCAUCGAAGAAUCCGUACGAGUUCUACUACUACUCCGGUUUCGGGCCGCGGUGGGGGAGAAAAAGAGGCGGCUCCGACGACGAGAAGAUAGGUUUGGGCGAUAAUAAUAAUAAUAAUAAAAAGAGUAGAAGUAGCGACGAAGAGGGGGAUAAAACGGCGGCGUUUGGAAGUGGGAGUGUGAGCUUUGAUUAUGUGGAAGAGGAUGACGUGGACGUGAUGGAUGAAGAUGAAGAGAGUGAUCAUGGGAAGAAGAAAAGGAAAGACAAGUUGAUGAAGAAGACGAUCAAGAGAGCAAGGAAGCCCGUAAAGGAAAGGUCUUUGAAAUCCCUCAUGUGAAAUAUUUUCUGUUUUCUCAGGCUACUUCUGUCUUUUCCUUUUUUUGUUUUGUUUAUUGUCUGUUUAUUUUUUAUUUUUGUGUGGACUUGGUCUGAACAUUUGUAGGAAGAUCCUCUACAUCUCUGUUGUAUUUUCUUAGACGACUCUGUUUUAGUUUUUCAUUAAAAUUGUUUUCUUAAAACUUUCCUGUUCUCUA